AUGGCUACCAAUUCCAGUUCAUCGUUUGUUGCUGAUCUUUCCUCACAGGUCACAUUCUAUUCCCCGAUCAUAAUAAUUAUCAUGGGAAACAUUGGAUGCAUACUGAAUUUCAUGACAUUCACAUCGCGAAAAUUAAUAAAAACGUCAUAUUCAUUGUAUUGUCUUAGUUCAACUGUAUUUGACCUUUUAACACUUGAUUUCGGAGCACUAACCCGACUUCUUAUCGGUCAUUUUGAAUAUACUAUUCAAAACUAUUCACAACUCUAUUGUAAAAUCCGUUUUUAUCUUAUUAAUACAUUUCCUGCGAUUUCAACAUGUUUCAUCGUCUUAGCAGCCAUGGAUCGGUACUUAUCCACUUCAUCGAAACUCAAAUAUCGUUCGUUUGCAACAAGAAAACGCGCUAUUUAUUUGAUCGUCUUAUCCUUAUUCAUUUGUAUUUUACUCUACACCCAUUAUCUGGUCUUUGCCGAUCUAAGACCAACAUGUAGUAUUCAACCAGGAAUAUACAGUCUCUUUACAGUCAUCUACAGUCUGGUGGUAACCUCCUUUAUUCCGCAUUUUCUUAUGCUUUAUUUUGGUUUUGGUACAUUGUGUCAUAUUCGUACAGCUCGCCACCGUUCUGUGGCUGUUUUCAAUGCUCCACAAAACCGACGGCAACGGACAGAGAUACAACUUGUCACUAUGACUUUAGUUCAAGUAACCAUAUCAACAAUAUUGAUCGGUGCUCGAAUGGCUUAUUAUUCCUACAAUGUUAUAACUACUAAUGCUGUUAAAACAUCCGAUCAAAAAAUACUGGAUACAUUUUUUUCUGAGCUAACAACCCAAUUAUUUUAUUUAAAUUACGCCAAAUCGUUCUAUAUUUACACACUAUCCAGUCGAAUUUUUCGACGAAUAUUAAUCGCACGAGUGACGCAAUUGUCUCAACGAUGCUUUUGUCGACAAUCACGUCAUCACGUCACCCGCACCUGA